UAUAUAUAUAUAUAUAUGUAUGCAUAUAUGUAUUUGACAAUGUGUAAUGUCCCCCUUUUAAUAAAGUCGAUAUCCUUAUUAAUGAUAUUGUCCAUUGGUAGUUAGAAGAAAAAGGAAUAUAUUCGGUUUAUAAAUGGUUACAAGGUUCAAAUGUACGACGACCCGAUGACGCUAUAUCUUUACAUUACCAUUCCUUUGUUAUCUCGUUUAUGCUUGAACCAUCAUUAUCACGGAGCAAGCUGAGCCGAUAACAACUCUACUACUCAAGGCAUUAAUGUUGAGAAAGUGCUGCCACUUAAAGUGCCGUUACUUGUACAUACGUCCGUUAGUCUACUACGGAGCUCCAAUCCUGCUUGCCAACGUGCUCUCAUCUUUUAUCGAAUUCUGCCGAAGAACAUCGUGCCCAUCGUGAAGAGAGAGUAUGGAUGCGAUGAAGACCGGCUGGUUCAGCGAGAUAAACGACUUCUGGCCUGGUGUAUCACUGUCCCUCGAACUUGAAGACACGUUACAUCGAGAAAAAUCAAAAUACCAGGACGUUUUAGUGGUGCAAACAAAAACCUAUGGGAAAGCAUUGAUACUCGAUGGUAUUAUCCAGUGUACGGAAAAGGAUGAAUUCGCUUAUCAGGAGAUGAUAGCGUUUUUGCCAUUAUGCAGUCAUCCUAAUCCAAAGAAUGUUUUAAUAGUAGGUGGUGGUGACGGUGGAGUGGCACGUGAGGUUGCAAAACAUCCUAACGUUGAAAGAAUCGUACAAGUUGAGAUCGAUUCGACGGUACUUGAAGUAUCGAAAAAAUAUUUGCCAUUUAUGGGGGUUGGCCUGGAUAAUCCAAAGGUCACGUUAAACGUCGGUGACGGAUUCGAAUUUAUGAAGCAACAUACGAAAGAAUUCGACGUUAUCAUUACGGAUAGCAGCGAUCCAAUUGGUCCCGCGGAGUGUCUCUUUCAAGAAUCGUAUUUCAAUUUAAUGAAGACAGCAUUGAAACCCGGUGGUAUUGUUUGUAGUCAAGCUGGUACAGCAUGGAUGAAUUUGGAUCAUGUAGUUAAAACUUUUCAACAUUGUAAAUCUUCCUUUGUUGUUGUUGAUUAUGGUAUCACGUCUGUUCCAUCCUAUCCAACCGGACAAAUUGGUUUUAUAUUGGGUGGACUUUCUACGGAAACCAAUUUUAAGGUACCAAUGAGGAUAUUCACGGACGAAGAAUUGGAUAAUAUGAAUUUAAGGUAUUACAGUGCUGAAGUACACAAUGCAGCGUUCGUAUUGCCGAGGUUCGUAGAAAAGGCAUUGAAAUCUUAUAGGACAACGUGAAAAGGACAUCUACUUUUGAUUUACUCUUCUUCUUCUUCUUUUUUGUUUUUUUUUUUUUCUUUUUUUCUAUUGCUCACAAAUUUAUUUUCUAUCUCUAUCUCUAUCUCUCUCUCUCUCUCUAUGUCUUCGUAUCUCUCCCUUUAUAUCUCUAUCUCUAUGUAAUCUUCUCUUUUUUUUUUUCUAAUUUUAUCACCAAUGUAAUUUUUUUUUUAUCCUCUUACGAUUCCAACGACAACAAUGACAUAGGCGAAGAAACAUAGAGAAGAAGAAACAAAAGAAAAAAAAAAAUAAUUGUCGAAUAUUAUCGAUAUGAUGAUAUAUAUAUAUAUAUGAGUUAAGUUUGUAAGAAAAAAGAGAAAAAAAAGAUAAUAUAAAAAAAAAAAAUAUUUAACUUUUAUAAUUCUUCCUAUGUUUAAUUCACAAAUGCGUAAUGUUUAAAAGUCUUCUUUAUUAUAGAAACGUAAGUUCAUUUAUUUUCAUUUAUUAAAA